AAAGGAAAAGGGGGCGGAGGAAAAGAGAGAUUUUUUUUCAAAAAAAACCCGACGAAGUGGCUUUGGGGCGAAAAAAAACUAUCUGAUGUGAGAGAGAGAGAGAGAGAGAGUGAGUCAGAGAGAGAGAGAGAGAGAGAGAGGGGGGAAAAAAAAGGAUUUGAUACCAUUUAAACAUGUCCGAGGAAUGUCCAUCUUCGACCGUUUCGGUGGACGAAAUUCGCUCUUGGUGGGAAGUCCCCGCCAUCGCACACUUUUGCUCAUUAUUCAGGACAGCGUUUGGACUCCCGGACUUCGAAAUUGAGGAACUGGAGGAGGCUCUGCUGAUAAAUGACAUUGACUUCCUGGAUGACCUGAUUGCCUGUUUGCUCCAAGGCUGCUAUCAACGCAGGGACAUCACACCUGACAACUAUGACGUGUACCUGGAAGACAUUAUCAAGCAUCGGUGGGAGCUCGAAGAGGGACGACCAAACCCACUGAAGGACACCAAGCUGCAGGAGCUUCCCAUUCGCUUGCGGGUGGAACUGUUGCACAGACUGUGCGACUAUAGGCUGGAUGCAGACGAUGUGUUUGAUCUUUUAAAGGGGCUGGAUGCAGAUAACUUGCGAGUGGAACCCCUGGGAGAGGACACCUAUGGGGCAAUCUACUGGUAUUUCUACGGCACUCGCUUAUACAAGGAGGCACCGUCUUCAAUGUGGGAGCGAAGUAAAGCCAGCGAAGCGGAAGAAAUAGAAAAUGGCAAGCUGAGAAAUCCCAAUUUCCAACUCCCCGAGUUCAAACCGAGGAAGCGAGGCCGACCGUCAAAGAAAAGAAAGCUGGAAGAGGCUUGCAUACUGCACAUCAGGAACUCCACAACUGAAAACCAUCAAGUGCCUCCUGGUGACAACUUGCAACAAGAAUGCAGAAGCCAAGAUCCACUGAAAACUCCAGGAAGUUCUGGCACCUGGGAACUGGUCUGUCAAACAGAGGAGGAGUGGAGGAAAUUGACAGAUGGCCUCCAGACAAACCAGUCUGUUAAAGAAAGGCAGCUGCAUGCAACGCUGACUGAAGACUUCCUCCCUGAAAUUUGCAACAUGAUUGCUCAUAAGGAGAAGCAGCUGCAGAAGAAGCUGUCUGAAAUGGCUCCCCGGAGAAUCUCUGACCGCCUGACCCUGAAACGGUUGCAGCAGGAAGAAGAGGAAAAAAUGUCAGCUAUUGAGAAAGUGGAGGAGCAGAAACGUCGGGAUGAGGAGGCUGAGCGGCAGCUGCUGUUGGCUGUUCAAAAGAAGGAGCAGGAGCAGCUCAUGGAGGAGGAGAGGAGGAGGGAGUUUGAGGAAAAGGUCAAGGCCGUGGAAGGGCGUGCUAAAAGGAGGCAGAUGAGAGAAGAACGAGCCUGGUUGCUUUCUCAGGGAAAAGAGCUGCCUCCUGAACUUAUGAACCUAGAGCCACUCUCCCCCAUAAAGAACGAUAUGAAGACAAAAGACAUAUUUGAAUUGGAUGAGGAUUACAUUGCCAUGUAUAAAGUCCUCGAUGCUGUGAAAGCCCACAAGGAUUCUUGGCCCUUCCUUGAACCUGUUGAUGAAUCGUAUGCCCCAAAUUACUACGAGAUAAUUGAAACGCCUAUGGAUCUAUCAACCAUUGAUAAAAAGCUCAACGAAAAAAAUUACACUGUCAAAGAAGAAUUUGUAGCUGAUAUGAAAGUCAUGUUUGAAAACUGUCUGGAAUACAAUGGUGAAGGAAACGAGUACACAAAGAUGGCUGAAGCUCUUGACAGGUGCUUUAACAAGGCGAUGUUGAAACACUUCCCAGCAGAGGAUGCUGACAGCGAGGAAGAAUUUAAUCUGCGUUGGGAUGAUCGGGAAAAGAAAGACCGGAGAAGAAGCAAGUCUAAUCGAUUCGGAAAAGACGGGCUCGAGACCUUUACCAAACCUAGCGAUGAGUCUUUGAGACGGCGACCGGAGCCGUUUAAUGGUAAUAUGCACAGUUCUCAGUCUGACCCCAACUGUGACCAGGUGCUUCCUUUACGGACACUAGGACUAGUGAAUGGGCAGGGCUUCCCCCCUACACCAUCUUACAAGGAAAUGGCACCUUCUGAAACUCCUCACCAGAUGUACCAUCUCCAAGGUCAACAAAGACCACCGAUUCCCUGUAUGUUUGGAUCACGACCCGGUUUGGAGACCCAAUAUCACUACAGCUCCUCACGAGAGCCACGGCUGGCAGAUCAAGUGCGGCAGCAGUUACAUCAACAGUUUAUAAUGCAGCACCAGGUCUCUGUGAACGAGCACCCAGGGCCACGCAUGAUGGGACCGGAAAAUAAGCCGACAUAUGCCGGGCCGGUGCACGGACCUUCCUUGGGCCCCAGGCCUCCGUCCAUGCCCCCUGGGACCCUGAGCGCCCCACCUCAGGAGGGAAGCAUGUACCCCAGCCAACCUUUCCAGCCGGGGUAUACGCCACACAGACUGGAGGGACUGGCCCACCGCUCCCCCUCCGACUUCCAGGCGAGGCACAUCUACAACCCCUAUGGGCCCCGCCACGGCCCUCGCCACAUGUGGAACGGAGGCAACGCUGGGCCGACCGAGCGGCCCCUGGGGCCUGGGGACAAAGCUCCGCUCAUGGGUCCCGGGCACUCGGCCCAGUCGCAGCAUCACCCGUUCUCUCAAAUGGUGGACCCCAACUUAAUGAGACCAUCCGCGCCACUCAACCACUGGUCAGAUCAGCCAGGUCUUCUACCUCAUAACAGGCCUCCCGGCUACCCCAGACUGCCAAGUGUUCCUCAAGCACCCAAUAUGCAGAGAAUGCCUCCUCCUUUCCUUAGACCUCAGCAUCAAGGUCUUCAAAUCGAUUCCAUGAUGUCCAGCCCAGAGAUGAUCGCAAUGCAGCAACUUUCUGCCCCUGUCUGUCCACCAGGGCCCGCUUCACAAUAUUUGUCCGGCCCACGUGCUCCCCCUCCCCCUCCGCAGCCGCACAGCGGAGCCCAGCAGCAAAUGCCUGGCGUGCAACCUCACAAAGCAGCCGUGGAGCAUAGCGUCAAUCUGUUGGGAGCACCACAGGCUGCUGAGGUGCCAGAAAUUAUUGGAGAUACUCGAGAAACAGUGUCAAUCAAACACACUUCAGCUGCGGGGGAGCAGAGGCAGCCAUGCACAGAUUGUGGGAUUUCUUCCCCGGGGGCUGAGCAGAAUCCAAUGCCACCAUCUGAAAGCGACAGCAGACCCAAUCUGGUCGCGUCCACUGAACCAGGGACCAGCGAGGCCCAGAGUAAUGGGACUCGAGCCAUCAAGACCGAAAAGGAUGAGAAGCUGAACAUUUGGCUGAAGGACGGCAACAGUCCGGUUGCCAGGUCGCAGGUGGAACAGGACAAGACUUCUCAAGAUGCCAGGAAGACUCCGGCAAAGGGCAAGGUGAAGAACAGCAGGAGAAACGGCAGCAAAGCAGUAAAAGGCAAGAAAGCUAAGAACGAAACUGAGGUGAAGGCCCAGAAUGAACGGGUCAACCAAGGAGCCUCCAACUCCAUCCAGUACAGUGAGGGUUCUGAGCAAACUGCUGCCGGUACUGUACUCAGUGGCUCUGGCCAAAGCAGCAAUGCUCUAGCCCAGCAGGGCAAAGCGGGAAUGAACAGUGUGCCCAACGCCGGGAUGAUGGGCAUGAUGGGGCCGCGGCCACAAUACAGCCAGAACCCCGACUACCCCGUCCCGGCCCAGUACGAUAUGGCUCAAGGGCCGAGGCAGUUUGUGAGAGGCAUGAGUGGGCCUCAGGCCUAUGCAAAUCGCCAGACUUUUCCCACUCCAGGUUUUCCUCCCCAGCCACCUCCAGGGGUUUACCCCGCUUACCGCCACCAGGUCCAGUGCUACCCGUAUCAUCCCUCACAGCAGCAGAUUCCACCCCCCUACCACCAGUACCAGCACCCGCAUUACUACCCUUACCCUCAGGGUCAAGGCUAUUCCACCGAGGACUGGUCCCAGGGACCCCCACCUCUGCCUCCAGCACCGCCCCCCUCAGCAGUCCAUCACCUCCAGCAGUCAGGCCAUUUGUCUGCCCAGAACGGGACCGGGAAAGCUGGAGGGCCCGGUGGCGCCUUGCAGGGUUCGGAAGGGUCAUCUGACAGUCACGGAUCAGCAAAUGCUAUGCAGGAAGGGAUGAAUGGAAACUGUAAAGAAAACAAAGGCACGAGCCAGGGGAGCGGCAAUAUGUCAAACCCCAUAAAAGAUGAAAAAUUGGAUAAAGAACAGGAAAGGCCUGAAAGCCCAAAGGAAAUCCUCGAUUUAGACAGUCACAACGCUGCUGCCAAAAGGCACGCCGCGCAGCCUGUAAGUGGGCUAAUGUACAGGGCUCCUGGAAUGCAUCCAGGGAUGCACGGACCCCACGGGAUUGUGUCCCAUUCGUCUGCCUAUGCGUCCCAGGCUCCGGGGCUUUUCAAUACCGGCCCUCAUGCAACUCAACGACCUUCUCACCCCAUGAUGGCCGCUACGUGUCACCGUGCACCACCUCACCAGAUGAAUGGGCAGCCACAGGGCAGAAUGCCUUUGUACAGCCAGCACAAUGAAAGGAUGGGUCAAUACCAGAGUAUGAUGAUGCAGCACCAGGGGAUCAGACCACCGGAGGAUCCGUAUCAUCUACCAGGAAUCCCAGUACAGGAGCAUCCCUACCAGAAACCACAGUCGGGAACAGAAUCGGGGAAAGAGGGUGAUCAGAAGAUAUCUGCUCCGUUUGCUGAUCAGAAGUGAACAAGAUAGCCGAGCGCAGACGGAUGCCAGCAUCUGAAAAGGACAUUGUAAUGACAGCAUAUCAGUGUUCCUAGUUCGAUGGGUAGAUGCAAUUUUUUUUAUUUUAAAAAAAAUUAAUAGGUAUUAUGAGAAACUCAGGUGUAAAACAUGUACUUUAAAUUGUAGCAAUUUCUAUCUGUGUAGGUAGGGUUUUGUUUAAAACUGGUUUACAAGAAUAAUGAUGCCUUUUCCUCUAGUCUGUUGAAUGUAUCUGUAAACAGGUAGCUGCCAGGUAAGCAAUACCUCAUGGAAGUAGCACUGCAAUAAGAUACCUAGGCAUUCUUUUCACAAAAGAGAAUCAAUUCGGACAAUUUCUGUGGAUAUUGAUUCUUGUACCGAUAUUUUAAAGCCACAGGUUUUUGUGAUGCAGUAGUUUAGUUGAAGGGGUUGCAAACUUUUUUUUAAAGAAGGGGGAGGAGGGGGGAAGGGGAGGGCUGUAUAUUUCUUUCCCCUGUUUUAUUCUAUAAUGUUGCAUUUGAUACACUAAAUUGUUAACAUUGAAACCCAUUCUGCACUGAUGCACAGAAUGUUUGUUACUCUGCAUUUCUUUGUUUAAAAUUGUCUUGCUGUUUUUUUUGUAACAUUUGAUGAAGUGUUCUCUGCUGUUGAAAUUGUAAUAUUUAAUUGCCAGUCUCAGGUUUACAAGCAGUGACGUUUACCAUGAAUGAUAAAUCCCGCUUAAGACACCCGCAAGAACACUAAAAUAAACUUUAUUUUUAUUUAAAAAAAACACAUUUUGAUUCAGGUUCACCAGCAAAGCAUUUUUGUUUCCGUUCUCUGUAUAAUUAAACAGAGAUGAGCGGGAAGGGUUAAUCCUACAGGUAAUUUAUGUUGCUGGACACUGCCAGCAGUUGUGUGGCAUUGCAAGGCUUAUCAAUCCCUUAGUCAUCAUCCAUCCCAGCUUUGGUUUGUAUGUGUGCAUGUGUGUGAAUCGACCAGUUAUGUUGAUGGUCUUGGAACUCGACAUUCAUGAAAGGACUGGAUUGCUCUCAUUUAGGCUCCCUUUUGGGGAUUUUCUUUUAAACCACCCCAAUGGUUCAGAAUCCUCUGCUGCAGAGAAACCUAUUGGCCUGCGGAAGUGCCUGAAAUUCCACCUAAUCUCAGCCCGGAAGACUUUUUUUUCCCCCUUCUGAUUUGCGAACAAAUUGUGGAAACGAUUUUAAAUUCGGUUUUCAUUUGGGAGUGGAUUUUCCGUUCUUUUUUGAGAAAAGAAACUGACUUCCGAAUUAAGACUGAAUUUGAGAAUUGUCUGCAAAUUUGCACAAUCUUAUAUUUUAAGAAGCUUUAGUCUUACAACAACAAGCAUUAUAUAGAGUCUUUCACUUCAGGAGGAUAUCCCAAGGCAUUGGCAUUUACAGGUGUAGACUAGAUGGAAUUGAGGGCCUCUGCUGUCUUUUUAAACUUUUUAAAAAAGAAAAUAACUACAGCUAGAGUCUUCCCUUUGUGUACUUUUGUUUAUCAGCAUGAUUCCUAACCACUAAUCCCCGACAAGAGGCCCUGCCUUCACCUCUUUAAAUCCGCCUAAAAAUCUGUAAACUACAAGAUGCAUUUGAUUUUAUUAAGAAAAAAGCAAAGCCUGGUUUAUAUGCAAUAAUUCUAGUUUUAUCUGCCAUGUACUGGGGACCAGAUGAACACCACUUGCCUGAGUGUGCCUUUAAUGUACACGUGGUGAUGCCAUGCACUCCCAACAAGCGGAAUGAGGGAAGCAGCAGUGAAGGGGGAGAGGGCUGUUGCUUUUUCCUGAAUCCCUGGAGUAGAGAAGUGGGAGGGGGAGAGAGACGGACAGAAUUGGUCAGUGAUCCUGUGUGUGUGUGGGGAGGGCAUCGUUGGUUGGUAAACUGAGGAUUAGGCUUCCCAUUGAUACCCACUGUGGUAAAUCAGUCCACGGAGACUAACUGCAUGACCUUGCGCCCGCGUACGAAGAAUGGUCGGGUGCUGGAGCCCGUGGAACCGUAACCUCUGCGUGACUCAAUGUCUUCAUCAGAGGAGGGCUGUUAGUCUCGCCGGUCGGUACAUCUGGGGGACGCGAAGGCAGAUUGUAAGUCGUGCAUGCUGUAAGUAUUCUUGUGGCAAGUUUCUUCCAUGAUCUCUACAAAAUCUAUGCAGCGAUAACUACAUCUAACCACUCACAGUCUUUAGGGCGUUGCAAACGACAUUCAAGUGUAGGAAGGACGCAUUUCUGCCUGGAGGCAGGUAUGUUGGCGACCACUCACAGCAAACUAUCAACUAUUGCUCUAUGAUCAGACCACUUUUUUUCUCUUUUUUCUGGCCAUUUUUGUCAAAUAAAAGCCAAUGACAUACCUCAGACUGUCAUUCCUGCAGUCCUCCACUGAGCCUGCACUAGCUACAGCCAGUAUUUUACUCUUGUCCGAGGCACUCGAUGCUGCGAAACAUAAAAACCUAUUUAUUUGUACUUUAUAUUUUGUAUAUGUUGAAAUUUUUUAAAGAAAUGCAAUGUCAAGUCACUUUGGUUACAGUUGUGACACAUACCUCAGUUGUUCUGUACUAGGGCCCUUGUUAUGUAAGAGAACAUUUUUAUUGUUGCUUGACUGACAUAGAUUAUUUUCCAUAUGAAUUUACUAUUUUCUAUAUUGUACAUACUUAGAAUAAAUGUUUGAAAAACCUG